AUGCAUCAUCUUGAUAGAGAUGAGCUCGGGAAAAAAAUAGUGAAGGCUGCAGAAGAUGCUGAGAACACUUGCUUUCCAAUUCUUGAGAAAAUGGCGUUCCAGAACCAUGUUGGUGGAAAUACCGAUGAGUUUAAUCAAGCACCUUUGAACACGCCGGCUGGGAUUCUAGAGGACUGGGACUUUAUAAUGUCGGAUGCCUUGCUCAACCUAGGUAAUGUAGAUCCAAUGAACUGGAUGUUCAACUUCGAGGCUACAUAG